GUUGUUUUUUCUUCUUCAAUUCUUUCCAAACUCGAAACGCGAGGCCAACACGAGGCCCAGUACAACGCCUGAAUAACUUCAUUCGACCCUUCAUCGCCAUCCAUCUCCGAAGUGCAGCUGCGCAUUAAUAUAAAGCACAAACUUUCUCUCGUUGUUGUCUGAGGGCCUUUGCUUUUCUUUCCUUCCCUCCUUACUCGAACUCAACCUCAUUUUAUUGGAUCCCGAUGGCUGCUACUCCAACUAGACCUCCCUUAGCACCGCCUAUGGGUACACCCACGCCCGGACUAUCUCAGAGCUCGAACUCCCCGAAUGCCGACCAAGUGCGUCCCACUUUCCUCGACCUGGUCGAACACGCAGAGUUUAUGUAUCUCGAUCUCAAUUACUGACUCGCGUUGUCUUCUCUUGUUUUCAGAUCGUGGUACUCUACGUCGUAUGGUUCUUUCUCCAAGUUCUUACCCAUAAGUCGUCCUGAAGAAAUGCGAACGUCCAGAUUAUUGCCAUGGCUGUGGUCAUUUUUGGGUUUUGGAACGUUCCGGGAGUGCGGCACGUCAUCAAUCCUUUCAAGUUGUUCACCAUAGGAGCACACGAGAUGUUUCAUAUAAUAGCAGCCAUACUUUCGGGAGGUCGAAUAUUGCGGGUAUCGAUUGAUCCACAUAUGGGUGGGUCAACUAUCGUAGAGGGAGGUCGACCUCCCAUCAUAUUAUGCUCUGGAUAUCUUGGCUCUACGCUUCUCGGCGCUUUAUUCGUCCUCGCAGGAUGGGACACCCUUGUGGCAAAAGUGAUGAGCUUCGUGCUUGGGGUUGGGCUCAUUAUGCCACUACGUUUAGUGCGGGAUAAAUUAACAAUUGUCUUGACGAUACUGUACGAAGCCCUCUUGAUUGGGUUCUGGUUCAUCGAUCACGGGUCUGCCUUGCGGUGGUACUGCCUGUUUGUCGGCGUAAUGAACAUCCUGUUUGCAGUCUGGGAUGUAGCAGACGACCGUUUCUUCCACAAAACCAACGAUUCUGACGCGACGCAAUUCGCUAUUCUUUAUCCUUCCAUUGGGCCGCACAUAUGGGCAGCCAUAUGGAUACUGUUUGAAUUGGGAGUUCUUGCCGGAUUCUCCGUUCUGGGUAUACUGGUAUUCAAGCGAACGUCCGACGAGAUGUAUGCAGAGGCGGCCAGGUUUCUGCCGACAUGAACACUUUUUUCGAAUUUCACGCAACUCGUAUUUCAGGAGAUGUACUUUAUGUAUCAUUUAGAUCUUCCGGGUGCAGUAUAUACGAUUUCUCAUUACAAAAAGACGUCAGUAACUUUAAGUAAAUCAAGAACUAGAACACCAAGACGACUUGUACACUAAAGUACAUGUUACCGUUGUCAACUUGCAUUCGCUUUUGAUCCAGC